AUGGGAAAUAUUAAGUUUUUCUUGUUGAUGUUUUUUCAAAUGGUGAUUGUGGCCUAUGGUCAGUGGCGGACCCAGAAUUUUUGCUCAGGGGGUUCGAAUGCUCUCUUGGAGCUGCAAGCAAACAUAAUGAAUUCGAAUGGCGAAUUGUUGGUUGAUUGGGCUGGAUAUAAUACGAAUGGUUUUACAGAUUGUUGUUUUUGGAAAAGUGUAAAAUGCAGCUUAGAAACAGGUCGAGUGAUCAAACUCCAUCUCAAAACAAAUUUUGGCACAGGGGAUGGUUGGAGAUUUAAUGCCUCUCUCUUUCUUCCAUUCACGUCCCUCCAACUUCUUUUAUUGUCUUACGGAAAUAUUAUAGGGUGGAUAAAAAAUGAAGGGUUCAGUAAACUAUGGCAGUUGCCCAACCUGAAAGUACUCGAUUUGCAAUUCAAUCCCAUCCAUCCUGAAGUUUUAGUAUCAUCUUUAUGUUGGAUUUCAUCUCUUGAGGUUCUAAAACUUGGUGCAGAUGUUGGUGCCUCUUUCAGCAUACCGACGACAUAUAAUAUAUUUGCAAUUCAAUUCCAACCUGAAAGCAUGAGUAAGAAAUGUGGAGGGCUAAGCAAUUUAAGAGAACUCUGGUUUGAAGGUUAUGAAAUCAAUGACAUCAAUAUCCUUUCUGCAUUUGGUGCAAAUUCUGGACUGAGGAAUUUAGAGAAGCUCAUUUUGAAUGAUAAUAACUUCAAUUCCACCAUCUUUUCAACAAUGAAGAUUUUUCCGUCUCUCAGGCAUCUCAAUCUCGCCUCCAAUGAAAUAGAUGGAAAUAUCAAAAUGAAUGAUAUAAUUGAUUUGAUCAAUUUGGAAUAUCUGGAUCUCUCGGAUAACAAUAUAGAGAGAUUUGCGAAUACCAAAGAUAACAAAAGAAUGAGUUCUUUGCGGAAUUUAGUAUUGGGAAGUUCCUACUCCAACUCUAGCAGAGUCAUACAAUCCAUAGAAUCACUCUCAUCUCUUAAGUCACUUUCUUAUGAAAAUAGUGAUCUCACUGCUCCAACCAUAAUUUACGCAUUAAGAAAUCUGAGCACGAUGGAGUACCUAUACUUGACGGAAUCUUCUUUAAAUGACAACUUUCUCGUGAAUAUUGGACAAAUGACUUCUCUUAAAGUGUUGAGUAUGACUUUUGGUGACAAUAAUGGCACCCUCCCUAAUCAAGGUUGGUGUGAACUCAAACACAUUGAAGAGCUGGAUUUUUCAAACAAUAAUUUGGUGGGAACACUGCCUUCGUGUCUUGGAAACUUGACAUCACUUUGAUGGUUGAGUUUUGCUGGGAAUUACUUCAGCGGAAAUAUAGCGUUACAUUCUAUUUGGAGGAGACUCAUAUCACUUGAGUUCCUUGAUAUUGUGGAUAACCAAUUUGGAGUUCCUCUGUCAUUCAGCCAAUUUUCCAACCAUACAAAAUUGAUCUACUUGAAUGUUGGUUAUAAUACAAUAAUAACUGAUACCGAUUUCCUAAAUUGGAUCCCAAAUUUCCAGUUGGAGCUUUUUGCUAUAUAUGAAUGUAUAAAGCUUCAAAAAUUGCCUUCUUUCCUUCACUACCAAUAUGACUUGAGGAUUCUUGAUAUCAAAGGAAAUCAAUUGCCAGGAAACUUUCCAACAUGGUUGUUAGAAAAUAACACCAGACUUGCAGGGAUUUAUAGUAGAGAUAAUGCUUUCAGAGGACCAUAGAAGUUGCCAUCGAGUCGUCACCUCCAUCUAGAGACGAUUGAUGUUUCUAAUAACAAACUAAAUGGACAUAUUCCAGAAAAUAUGAGUUUAGCCUUCCCAAAGCUCACUUUCUUGAACAUGUCACAAAAUUAUCUUGAAGGUCUUACACCUUCCAUAUUUUGUGGCAUUCAUUUAGAACUCCUAGACCUAUCUGACAAUAUCUUGUCCGGAGGAGGUCCUAGUUAUCUGGCAGUUGGUUCUCCACAAUUGUUCUUCCUUCGGUUGUCAAACAACAAGCUUAAAGGAAAAAUAUUCUCGGAGGAGGUCUUGCCACAUAGAUUAUCAUUUUUGUGUUUGAAUGACAAUAACUUUGAAGGUGCACUGCCUAGUGACAUUUUCCCCAGAUCCCUUAUUGUACUGGAUGCUAGCAGGAAUAGUUUCACUGGAGAGAUUCCGAGAUGGAUUACGGAUAAUACAAGAUUGUUACAGCUUGAUUUGUCCAAGAAUCAUCUCGAUGGUUCAAUUCCAGAUGAGAUUUGCAAUUUAAAGCUCAUUGAGGUGUUAUCUAUAUCCGAAAACAGGCUUUCAGGCUUCAUACCUUCUUGUGUGAGUUCUUUACCUCUCAAACACAUCCAUCUUGAGAAAAAUCAAUUGGGUGGUGAAUUGAGACAUGUACUUUUCAAAUCGUCUUUUCUGAUAACUUUGGAUCUUGGGUACAACAAUUUUACAGGAAACAUCCCACGCACCAUAGGUUCGGUUAAUAAUCUGAACUACCUUCUCCUUAGCCAUAACCAAUUGGAAGGGGAGAUUCCAACUCAGAUUUGUAUGUUGAAGAAGUUAUCUAUUGUGGAUUUAUCUUUCAAUAAGCUUUAUGGUCCACUCCUUCCUUGUUUGGGUUACUUAACACAAGCCAAAAAGGAUGCAAAGAUAAGUAGGACCUACUAUCCUACGACUUUUGGGCAUUCAUGGUUAAAUUUUCUGGGCUGGAUACGUUUGAAACAGAACUACCACGUUAGUGAAGGAUUUGUAAUAGGCACAUUUUUAAUGGAGAUGGAAAACCAGGUCCGGUUUUCAACGAAAAGAAACUCAUAUAUUUAUAAGGGAAUCAUUCUAAAAUAUAUGUCGGGUAUUGAUCUCUCAAGUAAUAGAUUAACUGGUGAAAUUCCCGUUGAGCUAGGGAAGAUGAGCACUAUACAUGAACUGAAUCUAUCCCACAACCAUCUCAUCGGAAGAUUACCAAACACCUUCUCCAAUCUACAGAAAAUUGAGAGUUUAAACCUUUCCUUCAACAACUUGAAUGGGAGAAUUCCUGUUGGUCUAAUUGAGCUAAAUUCUUUGGAAGUAUUCAAUGUUUCAUUCAAUAACUUAUCGGGUGCAGUGCCUGAUUUUAAAGCACAAUUUGCAACUUUUGACAAAAGCAGCUACGAGGGAAAUCCUUUUCUUUGUGGUGAUCCAUUAGACAACAAGUGUGGGAUGAGUCCUAAAUUGUCAAAUAGCUCCAAGAUUAAUGGAGAUGAGGAAUCAGCAGAAUUGGAGGAUAUUCAGUGUUUUCACAUUGGCUCUGUUGUGUCUUUUGGAGCAAUCUUGUUGGGAUUAGCUACAGCGCUCUGCUUCAAUCCUCAUUGGAGAAAAGCAUGGUUUAGGAUGAUAGAGGCAUUGAUGUUUUACUGUUUCUAUUUUGUGUUGGACAACAUUGCUACACGUAAGAGUAGAUGGUGCAGGAAUAUUGGUUAA